UGCUUUCGAACCUACCCCCUCACGAAAGGACAGACCACCAUCUCACACCGCUAACACUCACUCACCCGCCUGGUUUGCUGCGACUGGGUUCCCUCCCCGCUAACGGGAUUACAGGUUCCAAGAUCCACCUUGCCACGCACUUGACCGCGAUUUGGGUCUGGAGACCCUUGAUCAUAGCAUGUCGGACGUUGAAAUCACAUCGUACGAGCCAAGACGGGUUGACCGGCGCAUACAGCACCAGCAACAGCAGCUGCAGCAGCCACACCGUCGCACUGCGCAUAGCACGGGCGACUCUCACGGUAACUCCCAUCAUCAGGCCCACGAUCAAGAGUCACCUCCGAACCAUCUAAAUCGCGGAAUGGGACAAAGGAAUAGCCACAGGCACAACGACCGUUUCGACUCGCCUGCAAAUCGGGGCUCUCCCCAGGAUUAUCGCGGUCGCGGUCGUGGUCGCGGCAGGGGAGGAGGGUCCACCAGGGCACACCCUUACAACCGUCCGGAACGCGUUGAUAGACGAGAUAGCCCGAUUUCUACCCCGUCCCGCAUCGACCAUCGGAUCGCGGCGCAGGACAGGAGCAGGAAAUAUGAUGCGGGCAUAGGAUCGUCGAGUCAGGGGAGCCCGAUCUCGUUUUCGAUUGAUAGGAGGCUCAGUGAGGUGCUAGUUGCACACGAGCAAGACACUCGGAUCGUCUCUCGACGAAGGUUUGAGCCGUCAUCGGCUUACAAACGUCCAAAAUAUGGGGAUCGCAAUUGGCCCGCGCAGACUCAGGCGCAGAAACAGGCUUCACCGCCGCCGCCGUUGAAGACGAGUGACCUUCGUCACUCGAUCGGGGAUAACUCGUCUUUUGAUCAAAGCGGGUUUCUGCAGUCUGUGGUCGAGUCGGCUGGGAUGCUACCUUAUCCGCAUCGAUUUGUGGGGCAGGAAAGUCCGAUGGCCUCCAGCUCGGACAUGGAGGAUUCAGCGCUGGACCGCCGUGCUACUCCGGCUGUUUCGCAUGAUCAUGAAGCGCAAUCCCAGCUGCAGACCCGACCGAAGGAGCAUAGAAAUGAUCGUUACCGUGAGGCAGAUACGGGCGUCUCAAGAAGACCAAACUAUGGAAAUCAUUUGCCUCCACAUGGCCCCUCGCGCUCAAACAGGAUUGACGAACGGUCAUUCCCGGCUCCCGCGGCGGAUAGGGAAAAUGAGCGUGAGAGGAAUCCCCGACCCGCAUCGCGGAAUGAGAUGUAUAACGCAAAAGAUAAGAUUGCUAGCUACAACCGUCCGGAUUCACGAAGUGACAACCGGCCUCCUCGCUCGGCUCAACAACGUUACACGCCAGUUGCUCAAGGAAAACCACCGCAUAUCGACACCGCUCUCCUAAAACAAUUUGAGAAGGAAUAUCUAGGCUCUGAACACAACGUCACACUCCUGGAACUUAAGCAAACAACUACGCGAACGGAAGUAACGGUCUUGUCCGAGAAACUGGAAGAGCUAAAAGCCGCUCUGAAGCAGGUUGACGAAGAUGUUUCAAAGGCGUGCGAUGCGCGUGACCGGUGCAAGGAGCUUUGGGAGCGCGAGAAGUUGCGAAUUGUCGAAUUGGAGCAGAAGGCUUUGCGCAAAGCUGACGAGGUCUCAGCUGGCAAAACCGGAUCUGGAUAUCACAAGCAACAACAUGUUGGUAAUGCGGGUGGUGAUGGCGGGAUCGCCGCAAAUGGAAAUUGGGAGCGCUCUUAUCGGGGACAGCAGAACACGACGGGAUACCGGAGCCGACCUACGAGCAGUCAGAGCUCGCGGGAUCUGCAGAGUGGUGAAUGGACACGCGUUCGGUCUUCUCCGCCGCCUCCGCGCCCGAGAACACCUGCAGGCCGUUCACAGGCAGCGCAGCUGGCCCCGCAACGGCCGCCGUCGCCCAAUCCACAGGUCGCCACCAACCGAGGUAAAAGCAACUUUGUCAAGGCGCUGGAGAGGCAACCAGUCCCACCACCUCCGCCGUCGUCCGACCCGCGCAUUGCCGCCGCGGUCGCGAAAUACAGGCAGUACGGGAUUGAUAAGCCCAAAAGGGACGACGAGAUGGUGCAAAAGUUCUACCAAGAAAAAAGGGCAGCAGAAGCUGCGGCUGCUGCUGGACCCAGCAACGCAAGCGAUUCGUCUGAGUAUCCCGCCCGCGAAUCUGAUCCGUUUAAUCAUCCGUCCUCCUCAUCAAUGAGUACCCGCAGACGGGAUGACCCGCAACAUGAGUUGCCCAUCAGACGUGUGCCGCCACCACCACCCGCAUUGCCACCGCCGCCACCACUCCCGCAGACAGCGCAGAGUCCGCGGAGGCGCGACGACAGGAUCAUGGAUUUGACACGGGACCGUGAGCAAGGCGCACCUCAGGGUCGUGAGGAUCACCGCGACACUCAGACCAGGGAGGGCUACCGUUUCGCGUCACCUCCUCCUCACGAAGGCGACAGGAGAGCCUCAGGAGGGCACGCCCAACCUUCGCAUGGCUAUGAGCAGCGCGAUCGUUCCAUACCCCGCAAGGUCAUUCUAUCCAGGGAGCCUGGCCACGGGACGGUGGACGUUCACGAUACCGGGCGACGGGACUAUCGAGUGGACUCGGGAGACAAUGGCAGCAGCGGAUACCAGUCUGGAGGAUGGCAGGGGAGAGGCCGGGGCAAGUCUCGUGGACGAGGCGGCCGAGGUGGCGGGGUCUAUCACAACAACAAUAGUAACGGGUACCCUGACAACCGUCGUGACGACCGGUUCCGAGACCGAGAAGACCGUCGCGACCAGCGCCCCCAACAAAGCGAAGUGCAUGUCCAGGAACGUGCCGUUGAUCGCGAUCUCAACCCAAGCAAUGAUGCAGCAUUCCCCAACACGGCUGAGCCAGAGGUGCAAGGCGUGUCUGAAGCGACCUGUGAAGGCAGAUUCAAGCGCUCCCGCGUCUCGGAAUCCGAGGAUGAUGAUGAUGAGAACAAUCAUGCGCGGACGAGACCGUGGCCUCCCAACUCACCACCGCCUUCGCCUCCGCGAUGGCAAAGUGAGAAUGAAGAGGGCAUCUCGGGAUUAAGCGGCGGUACGGAUGAGACCAUGGUUGGUGGUGACCAGUCGUCCACCACCGUGCAGGGACAGGAAAGCCAGGAUCCCGUCACGACGGCGACGUCGAUCGCGCCGGCUGCUGAUGGGUACGCAGCAGCUGCAACAACAUACACAGACGAGCCCGCCGCGACACACCUGCAUGAAAACGAGACUGACAAGACGAUCACGCUCCCGGUGGAAUCCAACCCGUCCCCAGCCGAUGGAAAGCAGCCCAUCCACGGAAACGAAACAGCGCACCCUGAGAUCCACACGACGGAGCAGGAGCCCUUCGCAGCAGCAGAAGAAGAAGGCUCCCUCCUCGAAUUCGUCAAAACGCUCUUCAAAGGCGAGAACCACACCACUGUUCCCACCCAUGAUGGUGGCAAAGAAGAAAAGGAACCCGUCGCCCGCACAUCAACCGACCUGGACGAAAGCGACGACGGGGUCGCGAUGGCGUCCGCGGGUGUCGUCAUUGAAGACGCUCUGCAUGCGAUGUAUGUACAUGUAACAGUUCCGGGCUUGCAGAGCGCCGAGACUCCCCUCGUUCCCUUGUCUCUUGUUGAAAUGUGUAUAUAAUAUAUGCUUUUGUUUUUUCGUCAAGGACUAUUCAUACUCGAGGAAAAUCCAAUACUCCAGUGCAUCGUGGAAGUCAAGUGAGAUGGGGUUAUCGAUUCUUUUUUAUGACUAGAUACAUGAAGCUCAAACGAGCGAUCUAAAC